CCCCGCCACCCACUCCCACAAUCUCCCCCCUCUCUCACUGCGCGCUCUCUCUCUCUCUCUUACACUCCCGGUCUCGCCGGGCUCAUCUUCACUCGUUCGCAUUUCGCCGGGUGCGCGGAGCAUUGGAUUCCCUCUCCCCCAAUCUCGUCCUCUCCCCGGCUCCGCUCUCCUCUGCUCCCAUCUUGUCCACUCUUCUCCUUUUGAACUCCCCUCCUCUUACUCUCUACUCCCCUCUUCCUCUGUUUCCCACCACUCCUAACUCCUAUCUCUACUCCGCUCUCAUCUCUACUCCACUCCCCCCUCUGCUCCACUCCCCUCUGCGUUGCACUCUCCCAUCUCUGCGCCUCUCUCACCCGACCGCCACCUGACUCGAUCCAUCAUCAUCAGCAGCAGCAGCUGCGUCGUCUGUGGUCGCGCCGGGGCUGUGGGGAGGAGCGGGGGUCCCGCCUGCAGGAUGGGAGCCGUCCGCGUGUGCUCGCUGCUCUCCGCGCUCUUGCUGCUGGGCGCAAGCUACUACCUGUACCGGCCCCUCCCCGAGUCCGUGGCCGAGCCGUACAAGCUGAUGAUGCUGGACGCCGUCUUGCGCACCGCCAAUCACGUGGCCGCUCUGGGCAAGCUUCUGCGACUGGUCGACCCGGAGGUGGUCCUGCGCAACGUGGUGCCCCGCGUGCCCGCUCGCUCCGACGCGUGGGUGACGGUGCGCGACACCGAGAUGGGCGGGGUGCGCGUGCGCGCGUUCGCGUCCUCGCACGCCGCGGGGCUCAAGCGCGGCGUCAUCUACCUGCACGGCGGAGGAUGGGCGUACGGAACCACGCAGGACGUUGGCAACGACCACCAGUGCCGUGAAGCGGCACGCCGACUCGACGCGGUCGUCAUCUCCGUGGAGUACCGCCUGGUGCCGGAGCACCGCUUCCCCGUGCCGCUGGAGGACUGCCUGAGCGCCACGCGGCACUUCCUGCGGCACGACACGCUGGCGGCCUUCUCCGUGGACCCCGCACGCGUCGCCAUCUCGGGGGACAGCGCCGGCGGGAACCUCGCGGUGGCCGUGGCUCUGCAGCUGGCGCGGGAGUCCAAGGAGGGCUCGGCGAGCCUCAAGCUGCAGGCGCUCAUCUACCCGGUGCUGCAGGCGCUCGACUUCCAGACGCCGUCGUACCGGGACAACGCUCACGUGCCCAUCCUGUACGCACGCACCAUGGUGCGCAUGUGGCUCGAGUACCUGGGCGGGGACGUGGCGCUGACGGACGCGCUGCUGGAGAACGCGCACUCGCGCCACGUGCUGCUCGACCCCAGCGGCCCCGGCGCCUUCGUGGACUGGCGCUCGCUGCUGCCGUCCCGCCGGCCGCGUGGCCCGGAGCCCCCCGAGGGCCCCGCGCGCCCGGACAUCCUGGCCAAGAUCCCGGCGCUGCUGGAUCCCAGGGCCACGCCACUUUUGGCCGACGACGAUUGGCUGCGCAUGCUGCCGCUCACAUACGUGGUGACGUGCGAGCACGACGUGCUGCGCGACGACGGCGCCCUGCUGGUGGCGCGUCUGGGCCCCCUGGGGGUCCCCGUGCAGCACCAGCACCUGGGGGACGGCUUCCACGGCGUCUUCUCGCUCGUGCAGCAGCCCCUGCUGCACUUCGACAUCGGCGUGCGCACCGUGGACAUGUACAUAGCCUGGCUCGACGAGCACCUCUAGGACAACCGCCACCUUCUACCGCUCACCUCUCACCCCUCACCCACCACCUCCUACCGCUCACCCCUCACCCACCACCUCUUACCGCUCACCUGCCACCCCUCACCCACCACCUCCUACCGCUCACCUGCCACCCCUCACCCACCACCUCCUACCGCUCACCUCUCAUCCCUCACCCACCACCUCCUACCGCUCACUUCUCACCCCUCACCCACCACCUCCUACCGCUCACCUCUCACCCCUCACCCACCACCACGUACCGCUCACCUAUCACCUGCCGCCUCAUACCACUUACCUCUCACCCGCCACGUCAUACCAUCACCUCGGAAUCAGAUCAGACAACACAAAGGAGAUGGAACAGAUCAGACGACACAGAGAUGGGAGUACAAACAAGACAGCAAACACAAGACAAGACCCAUUGAGGAAAACGCAAAGGAGACGGUGACCGUACAGAUGAAACGGUGCAAAUCAGACAGUGUGGGACGUUGCAAAUGAGACCGAUAUUAUCAGUCCUGUUCAUAAGGUGACCUGAAUCGUUGCGCUGUAUCAACGCACAGAGGGCCUGCGUGUCUAUCGUUCGAUGUAAUUUGGUGCAGCUUUUCUGUUUACACCGCAAGACGACCGCGUCAGGGCGCUCUGGGUUAGGUGACCAAGCUAGGCUCUGCGUCAAGAUGAUUGUGUCUGACUGGGUGAAAGGACCAUAUUGUAUAAGACUCUUAAGGAUCAAUAAAUAUGUCAGGUUCUGGUUUAAAAUACUAUAUAACACCGUUAAGAUGACUGCUUUCGACUCUUGGUUUUAACAGCUAUGUCCGUCUCUGUUAAGAUGAAUAACUUGGACAACUCAUUUAAGAUGAUUAUUAGAUUCUGGCUGAACAUGGCUGCGUGUUUUCUGGCGGUCGGUUAAAAUAACUCGCGUUAAACACUGGGUUAAGCAGAUCGAUUUAGUCUGCUACGUUUUUUAAUGUAUGUGUGUUUGGCUGUAAGGUUUUGUCUUACUGUGUUUAAACUCUGGGUUAGGCAUCUGUGUACGACUGCGUGUUAAGGUGUCCGAGUUAGACUCUGGGGUUAAGUCGAUGGUGUGUUAGAUUUGGGGUUAUUAAUGAAUGCGUCGUAUUGUUGUGGGUUACCACUGUGGCCAUGCGUCCGUCUCCGACUCUUGUUCAUGAAUGAACGUGUUCGCUGGGGUUAUAUCGCGGUCGUUUUGUCCCCCCCCCCUCACCUCCUGUUGGCCGACCCACAGACCCCUGUCCCGCACGCAUCUAAUCAGCUAAUCGCAAUGUCUCCAUUGCAUUCUCUGAUUUUUAGAUGAAUAAAAACAUCAUAAUAUUGUGGCCACAUUCCACAUUUUGGAUGAUCCGAAAAGAUGUUUCGGAUUGUUCUGAAAUAUGUCACAGAGUUUGCUGCCUAAAGAGACGCCAUUUUGAUUAUACUUGACGUCACGUUUGCUUAAAUUGUUAAAAACCUAAAACAAUAUGGCAUUCGAAUUAUUGCUUUACUUAAUAAAAUUCAACUGUUCAUAUUUAAAAUUGUCAACAUGGUUAUAUUUUGUGUAUACAACUACAUGUUAUUAAAAUAUGAUGCAUUUUCAUCUGGAUAUACGAAGCAAAAGCCAAAGUCAGGCGAAAGAAAAUCAGAAAUUCAUCCCAAAUAUAUGUGUCGACAGCCUAUCACUGGUAUGUUAUUGCACUUUCCACGUGCUUUUGUUUACCUUGAUACAUUAAUCAGAUAAUCAAUUGCAAUGGAAACAUAGCCUGUGUGCAAUUACUGCAAAGUGAAAAGUAAAUUAAAGCGAUUGAAUGCAAAAUACAAAUAUGAACU